UCCAAAAUGGGAAGACAAGUUUUCAUUCUGUUUCUCGUGUUUUCUUCGCAGAUAGUACCAGGAGAUCCAGCUGUGCAUCAGAAUGCCAUUGAAAUCCUCAGCCUGCAUGUGGACUGCAAAGUUACAUCACGGUUUGCCCACACAGUCAUCACCAGCGGUGCUGUCAACAGAGCCAAUGAAUCCAAGGAGGCCCUUUUUGAAGUAGAAUUACCCAAGACAGCCUUCAUCACAAAAUUCAGCAUGACCAUAGAUGGAGAAAGAUAUCCUGGAGUAAUCAAAGAGAAGAAAUCUGCACAAGACCAGUAUGAUGCUGCCGUUUCACGAGGGCAAAGUGCUGGAUUAGUCAAAUCAAGUGGAAGAAAGUUAGAGCAGUUUCAAGUUUCAGUCAAUGUUGCAGCAGCUGCAAAAGUCAACUUCGAGUUGAUCUAUGAAGAGCUACUAAAGCGGAAGCUGGGAAAAUAUGAAUUACUGAUUAAGGUCAAGCCCAAACAGUUGGUUAAGGACUUUCAGAUUGAUACCCACAUCUUUGAACCCCAAGGCAUAAGUUUCUUGGAAACUGAAAGCACUUUCAUCACCAAUGAACUGAGCGAUGCCCUCACAAAAGUGCAGGAUGAGACCAAGGCUCACAUUUCAUUUAAACCAACCAUCACUCAACAAAGAAAAAGCCCCCAACUGGAGGAAACUCUGCUGGAUGGAGAUUUUCUCAUACGUUAUGAUGUUAAAAGGAGUGCCACUGCCGGAGAUAUACAGAUUGUGAAUGGGUAUUUUGUCCAUUAUUUUGCACCCAGUCAAAUGUCGGCAUUUCCCAAAAAUAUCAUCUUGGUAAUAGAUAAAAGUGGAUCCAUGUUUGGGAAGAAAAUCAAACAGACAAAGGAGGCCCUGCAGAAGAUUUUAGAAGAUCUUAAUCCCGAAGACCAUUUUAACUUGGUUGUUUUUAGUGGACAAGUUGAGAAGUGGCAACCAUCUUUGUUGCAAGCCACAGAGCAGAAUGUGAAACUGGCCAAGCAGUAUGUUCAGACCAUUCAUGAGCAAGGAGUAACAGAUAUCAAUGCUGCUCUUCUGACUGCAAUGAAUUUGCUGGAUGAAGCCACCACUGCUGAGUUAUUGCCAGACAAAAAUGUUUCAAUGAUCAUUUUGCUGACUGAUGGCCAACCCACUUCUGGUGUUACUAAUGUCAAUGAGAUUCAAGCAAACAUAAAGAAGGCUAAUGAAGGGAAAUACUUCCUCUACUGCCUUGGCUUUGGCUUUGAUGUCAGUUACUCGUUUCUGGAGAAGAUGGCCUUAGAGAAUGGGGGAAUCGCUCGCCGUAUCUAUGAGGACUCAGAUGCAGCCCUGCAACUCCAGGGCUUUUAUCAUGAGGUUGCUACUCCCAUCCUGAAGCAAAUUGAAAUGACAUAUCCCAACAAUACUGCACUGGACAUCACUCAGAAUAGUUUCAAUGUGCUCUUUGAUGGCUCUGAAAUUGUAGUAGCUGGAAAACUAGGAAAUGAAUUCAAGGUUUUCGCUGUGGAAAUUAAAGCUAAAACACAUUCAAGUGACCUGAUCCUUAAUGAAAAUUCACACGUGAUGGAAAAGGAGCAAGUAUUUCAGGAUCAGGAAUACAUUUUUGGAGAUUUCAUUGAGAGAUUAUGGGCCUACUUAACCAUCAAACAACUGUUAGAACAAAUUGUUCUGGCUGAAGGAGAACAGCGGACAAACAUUGAGGCCCAAGCUUUGAACCUCUCCUUGAAGUUUAGCUUUGUAACGCCACUCACUUCCAUGGUGGUCACCAAGCCUGAUGCUCAAGAUGUGGCAAACAAACCUACUGAAGCAGAUAAUGAGAACUUCCCACAACCUCUGAGACUUCGAGGUAUGAACCUGCUUCCUGUCAGAAAACAACAGCACCUGUAUGAUGACAGCACAAAUUACUUCAUGGCAAGCCCACACAUCCGUUAUUUUCACGGAAAAGGCAGUGCAUCAUAUCCGCAUUUCAUCUUGCAAUUGCCUGGUGAAAAUGAUACCAUUUGUUUAAUGAUCACUGGACUGCCGCAAACACGCAGAAUCCUGCUGUCUGACCCAGAUAAAGGAAUCCAGUUGACGGGCACUCUGGGGGAAGAAGGGCAAUUUGUACAGUUUGACAUAGUCUAUCAGACACCUAAUAUGCAAGUCAAUAUCUCAGAAGACAAAGUUAUCCUGAAUCUCAGUGGAAACGCAACCAUGCUCCCCUGGCAAACCAGCUUCUCCUUGACAGUGGAAGGGUUGAAGAUUGUACUUGAAGAAGGAAAGAGUCUUUCAUUAACAGGGGUCAGCAACAUCACAAUAAAAAUAUCCUAUGUGAUAUUCCCUGAAUACUUUCUUGGAUUAUACAUCAUUGAUGGCGACCAUUUUUCUGACCAAGUCACUGGUCUUCUUGGACAAUUUUAUUUUAAUACACAUUUCAAAGGAAAUUCAAACCACAACAGGAGGAGAUCAAUAAUUGUCCAAGGGAAAAGGUACCAUACCAGCAGACAAAACAAGAAAGAUUACAGGGUGGAAUCCUUGGAUAAUGUUAUUUCCUGUUGGUCACUGGAUAUGCUUCUUUAAGGAAAGUUUUCUGCAGCAGUAAAAAUUUCACUUCCCUGUGUAUGAAUUGCACCAACUGUCUCAUUCUUCUUUGAUUUUAAUUUUAAUGUUUAAAUAUGAAAUGUCAUUUCAUGAUCACAAUAAAUAAAGUCAUAUGUGUAAUUGUAGGUGCUACUUGUAGAUCUUUUUUCAAUUUAAACAUGAAUAGGAUUGUGCUUAUAAUAGUUAACCAUUAAUCAGCUGCAUUAGUUCAGCAACACUAAAGGGAAAAUGCUACUUCUUACCCCAUUACGACAUGGCUAAUAAUAAAAGAUUUCUAAAAUUGA